AAAAGGCGUCUGGACAGUGUCCUGCUAGAGAUAUCCUCAGAGUGUUACGACGGGUGCUCGGAUAGACGCCUCACUCUUCACGACGUAUUUAUGACUUAUGAUUGUGUUUCUUGCAUGGAAGACGUGGGCUAUGUCGCUCCAGAUACAGGAUUGUAGGUUUUGGACUUUGACAUUUGCACGCGACGGGGCGUUCUGUUUAGCCUUCUGCAACGUAGUGCGACUAAUACAUAGGGAUCUUGAAAUACAUAGGAAUUUAUUGCCACGAAUGGACGAUGCGUGCCUUGUGCUGGUGACGGUGCUGGUGCUGGUGCUGGUGCUGGUGAAGCCAGGUCCCGGGAUCUGCCAAGACUCAGCUGAAACGGCGCAGGUGGGGCCCGUCUGCAAGCGCGUGCUUGACGCCCGAAUGCAGGUCAGGUGGUAUCAAGCCAACAGUCACACGUCACGGCCCAGCCCCGCUCGUCACCCUAUAUAAUAACACCAUGUCUCGGUCCAACGACCCAGGACACUACUUCCAGACCACGUACGCCGUGCCCUCAGACGCCUCGCGGCCCAACGCUAACGAGCCGCAGCUCCGCGCUCGAGGAGACGGCGCGCAAGGCAGCCAAAUCGAAGAACGACCAGGGCAGCCCGUUCAAGCUGCCCUCUAAGAUCCUCGCUGUCGUUGCAGACCCGCAGGAUGCGAGCCAAGUCU